AGGAAUGAAACUGGAUAUACCAAGAGGAUUCGAAAAGCUGCAGCUGCACAAGGAGCCCAAACACAAGCUCCUGCCCAGCGGCCACCUAUGAGACUGGCAACCUCACGCCAGCAGGACCCUCUGAUGGCCAAUGUUCCAAGCUCAGCAGCUGAUAGCACCCCUCCCCAAAGCACACUUGCUGCCCCUUUAUCUCCUGUUAGCACUCAUCAGCCCUCCAGCACCCCACCUUCUUCUAGCAGCUCCACUGUAAACAGCAGCAGUGCACCUGCAGCAUCGAACUAUAGCCCUGUGGUGAACUCUCCUCAGCACUCUACUAAGCAGGAUGACCCUCCUUCAUCUAAGGAACCAGAGGUCCCAGCAUCUGUGCCUUCAUCAGACACUGCUGCCCCAACAACUUCCAUUCCGAAGGGAUACCAUGUCCCAGUAAUUGGGAAGCCAAAUAUGCCUCAGCAUCACAUGCAUAGAUCAGGGCAGCCAAGGGCUAGUGGACCAAGGCCGUCUGGAAGCCGUCCUGCAUGGGAUCCGUCCUCAAGUAGAGGGAGAGCUCCUAGUGAACGACCACCAAGAACACAGCCUCCCCCAGUACAAAACCUUCCUCCUGUAGUCCCUCCAGUGUAUGUGCCUCCUGCUCUUUUUCCUCCUCCACCACAUCCUAUGCCUCAGCCACCUGGUGGUGUUCCACAGCAGUAUCCCAUACAGUAUCCUCCAGGACAACAGCCUCCCCCUCCCUACAACAUUCCGCCACCUGUAUUUCCACCUGUCCCACCAAAUGUGACCGCUCCAUGGGUGCCUCCUGGUGCACAGCCACCUAUAGCCAACCCCAUCUCUACUAUGCCAGCAGCACCUUUUCUAUCCAAGGAGGAGUUUUACCGUCAGCAGCGUAGACUGAAGGAAGAGUAAGUAGUUCAAACAUAUAAUUA